UAGGGCCCCCGUCGUCCUCUCAUCAUUCUCUCAGUUCAAGUCAUAGUUCCAAGAGCUGCCGCCGCCUUACCAUGUCCUCCUCCUCAUCUCCGCCGCUGGCGGGAAUCCGGGUGGUCGAGCUGGCGGGCUUAGCUCCUGGUCCCUUCGCUGGGUUGCUCCUCGCUGAUUUUGGCGCGUCGGUCCUAAGGAUUGAUCGACCCAAGGUCUCGAGCGCGGAUCAUCUGACCCGCCAUAAGAGCUCCAUACCCCUGGAUCUUCGCGAUGCUGCUUCACACCAGGUUCUUCUCUCUAUUUUGACAACAGCCGAUGUCCUAAUUGACCCUUACCGUCCGGGCGUUUUGGAGCGUCUCGGCCUGGACCCCUCGGGCGUCCUGCUGAAACACAACCCGAGGUUGAUCGUGGCCCGAUUGACAGGGUUCCGCCGCGACGGAAGAUAUAAGGACAUGGCUGGACAUGACAUUAAUUACAUUGCCGUAUCCGGAGUGCUGUCCAUGCUCGGCCGAUCUCAUGAGCGACCCUAUGCUCCCGGCAACUUGGUAGGUGACUUUGCCGGCGGCGGGGCCACAUGUUUCCAGGGUAUUCUUCUCGCGUUGUUGUCGCGGGAACGAACCGGUCGUGGCCAGGUUGUUGAGGCCAACAUGGUCGAUGGCUCCGCGUACCUAGCCUCGUUCCCCCGCUUGGCCCGACAAACGCCUAUCUGGGAUGCCCCGCGCGGCCAGAAUACCCUAGAUGGAGGUAGUCCCUUCUACGACACCUACGAGACCAAGGAUGCGGGCCAGUAUUUUGCGGUGGGGGCUCUCGAGCCGCAAUUUUAUGAAGCCCUCCUUAAGGGACUCGGCUUCAAUCCGAAGGAGCUACCCUCGCGCGACAAGAGGGACAAUUGGCCGGCGCUCCGUGCUGCGUUUGCCAAGCGAUUCCAGGAAAAGACACGAGCUGAGUGGGAGGCCGUGUUCGAUGGGAUAGAUGCCUGCGCCACGCCCGUGUUGGACCCAGAUGAGCUGCAGGCGGGUGGCUAUGAGCUACGCCCGGUGGUGCACCUGGCUGAUACCCCGGGACUGCCUAUCGCGACCGACGAUGGAGGGUGGACGGGCGGUGGUCUGAUACCCGGGACUGGGGGACAGGAGACCUUGAAAACGUGGCUGGGUUGGGAAAAAGGCCGAGAUUAUGAUGUCAGACCCGAUGGUGCUUUUGUGCGACUUGGGAGAGAAACAAAGUUGUGAGAAAUUUUGAGAUUUUCUGAUUCGAUUGUUGAUAGGAUGCAAAUGGGAUCGAACAUUGCUAUUGCUAAUCCAUGAUCCGUUGAUGGAGACCCCUGAG